AGAUGACAGCUGGACGGGGGCUGUACACCCACUAGCCCGCUCACGGACCCUUUGCUUAGCCAUCCUCCCAUGUUGUUUAGCUAUCCACUAGCUGUCAGUGUAUAUUACUACUUCAGGACAAUUUCCCUCUUUUAAGACACUUCGCACAUCAUAAAUACCUGGGGCGCCCCCUCCUGAAAGUAGCCCGUGGUGUACGUUUUCUCGGAAGGUCAAUCAUGUACUUCCACCUCCUCGCCCUCCUCGGCGCCACAAACAUGCUGACUGCGCUCGCUGAUACAACCCACCUGGCUACCCCCGCGGUUAGAACAGUGACCGCCACCGAAGCCGUAACGGGGACCGACAUUGUGGUUGGGGUCACUAAAUCGGUUCCAGGCGAAAUAUCGAGCACGCCUCCUUUGAAGUCGGUAAUGAGUAUUGUCUACUCUUUCCAACUAACCGGAUGCCUGUCGGUUCUAGAGACUGCUGUGCCUAUGAGUUGGUGGGAGAGAAUGAGGACCGACCCAGCAUUCUUCUUAUCGGAAAUCCUCGCGGAGAGUUCAGGGAGUAUGCCGGCCUGGUAUAUCAACCUGCCAACUGCUGCCAGGGCUAUCCUUUCUAGCGAGGAAGCGAUGUACGCCUCCCUGCUGUCUUCCGAAAGCGCCCUGGCCACUGGAUGGUAUCCGAACUUCACCGCAGGCCCGCCUUCUGCCCCAUCCGCAACUUCGACGGUCAGUCCCACUCGAUCGAAGAUCUCCAUCUCGACCGGGGGCGCAGCUGUUGCUACUGGAAGCUGGGCCAUAGGCAUUGCCAGUGUGGGAGGCAUCCUUGGUGUGGCGCUGGCGCUGUAAGGGGGUGCAUGGAAGGGGAAGAGAAAACCCUGGUCGCUACACUGUUCAUCCUGAUCGAGGCAAUUCCAUGUCAGGUGUCAAUGUGGGCAUACUUUGGAUGUUCGAAACUGUCGCUGCGGAGCAGAAUCAAGUGAAGUCUGGUACCCACAGCCCGCAUAACCAUAUUUGUGAGCCCUGUCACCCUGUCAACAUGAUGUAAGUCUCUGCAUCAAAUAGAGUAUUUCCAUUUUCGCAGGAGACAAGUCAAUGACGCACGGGAGUCGGCCACGUCUUGCCCCAAGUCUUUCUCAAGCGGUGGGUGCCAGGGAACUAUAUAAGGAGAGCGAGGCUUGGU